AGAUCCGAACGCAACGAUCUGGAAAGAGAGAAUUCCUCAACUAAUACCCGCCAUUGCCACUAUCACCACCCUCUAGAGAGAGAAAGGUUAGUGCUUUAGCAUCGACGAUGGCGUCCGCCUACGACGCGUUCAGUCCCGGUGGUGAAGACUCCACCAGCAACCUUCAAAAUGAUCAAUCACAACCAAAUUCCGGUCCAUUCGACUACGAUGGCUAUAUGGGUUAUGAUUCUUCAUUCGCUGCUCCUACCUCCCAGGAGGAUGUUUUCUCUGGCCACCAGCCACCGCCUCCACCACCACCACCCAUCUCCGAUUACUUUAACGCUGAUCCUACUGUGAAUGUUGCACCUCCCACCGACUUCACCAAUGACAACCACCCGCAUUCUUCCGAGGCAUACGGGUUUGGGAUGCCUGAGCAAAACCAGGAGUUCGCAUCACCUUUCGAAAUGCCUGAGACUGAUGGAAAUGCCAAGAGAUAUGAAGAGGAUAAUGGCGCCAUUUUUGCUACCGAUGGACCGCUUCUGCCUGAUCCUUCUGAGAUGCGGGAAGAAACCUCCCAGCGACGCGAGUGGCGCCGUCUAAAUGCGCUCCAUCUUGAAGAGAAGGAGAACAGAGAGAAGGAAAUGCGUAAUCAAAUUAUAAAUGAAGCUGAAGAAUAUAAAAGAGCAUUUUAUGAGAAAAGGAAGCUAAAUUGUGAAACUAACAAGGCUCACAACAGAGAAAGGGAGAAGCUUUACUUGGCUAACCAAGAGAAAUUCCAUAAAGAAGCAUACAAACAUUAUUGGAAAGCCAUAGCAGAGAUUAUUCCAAGAGAGGUGCCAAAUAUUGAAAAGAGAGGUAGGAGAGAUCCCGAUAAGAAACCUUCCAUUCUGGUAGUUCAGGGUCCAAAGCCUGGAAAACCCACUGAUCUUGCACGAAUGAGGCAGAUUUUCGCCAAUCUGAAACAGAAUCCCCCAGCUCAUAUGAUGCCUCCCCCACCUGCAAAAGAUGGCAAAGAUGCAAAGGAAGGGAAAGAUGGCAAGGAUACAAAGGAAGGAAAAGAUUCCAAGGAUCCAAAGGAAGGAAAAGAUUCCAAGGAUCCAAAGGAAGGGAAAGACGGCGAGGAUGCAAAGGAAGGAAAAGACGGCAAGGAUGUCAAGGAAGGGAAAGUAGACAACCAUACAAAAGAAGGGCAAGAUGUAGAGGAUUUGAGAAGUCCUGCACCUACACCUACGCCCACACCUACUGCAGUAGCAGCGGCAGUUGCUGCCGGCAACAGUCCAACUUCACCUGCUAAAGUUGCUACUGCUUCCAAUGGUGCAUUUGACUUAUCAAAACUUGAGGCUCUAGCUGCUGCGGAGGAUAAACAAUCUGAUGCAACUAAACCAGCCACCAAAGAGUGAUGAUACACCACCAUUUUUUGCUAUUAAUUUCUUUUCAUUCUUUGAUUACUUUGCUUAACCAUUUUUUGCAAAGAAUAAGAGGAGCUCUGUUGGACAUUGUUGAGUCUGACCUGAGCUGUUGCAAUCUGCGAGCUUCUUCCUAACUAUAGGAUUUUCUAGGUAUGGACACGUUUUCUUUUCUUCUUCCCUUUUGUUUUUUUACCCUCUCUUCUGUAGCUUCCAAUUUUGUCCAGAUUCAUUAUCUAGAUAAACUAAAUCAUAGUUUUUCAUUGUUAUUUUAA